CGCGGCGGUCAGUCGGUCGAUCGUACGCGACAUACGAGGAUCGUGAGGAAUUCGCGGGAAUUCGCGAGAGGCCGCGCAUGCGACGAGGACGGAGAGAGGACGAGGGAUCGUGAAGGAGCAGCUGGUUAAAGGACUGUCGACGAAAACGCGAAGCCGAAGAAGAGGCGAGCAGAAUCCUCUGGAUUUGGCGUCGUCGUCGUCCUCGUCGGCUACCGCGCGCAGACCAACCAAAGUCGAUCUCUCCUCUCGGCUGAGAGCGCCGAGAGAUUGGUCCACGCGCGCGAACACGGCGGCUGUCAAAAGUGUGGAGCCGCGGACGAAGGGGAACGAGACAUGGUGUACGGGGGAGGAUUCGACAUGGUGGAGACGAUGCCGCAGACGGUACCGACCGCGGCCGGUUACUCGCCGUCGUUCGACUACAGCACCUUUCAGUUCGACCUGUCGCUCUUGCCGGAUGAUUACAACCCGACCGGCGGCGGCCAAGUCGGCUUGAAGAGCUUGCAAAUCAAGCAGGAGGCGCGCUCGCCGCGUCCAGGAUCACCCACGAUCUACCAGAGCCCGCCGUAUCAUCAGAACAACGGCGAGCUGCCGUUGUCGCCUAACUACUCGCGCGAAGGAUCCUCGCCGGGGUAUCCGACGAGCCCCUACUACGUGCCCAGGAGCCCCCAGAGCGCCCAGUUUUAUCCCACCAGCCCGGAACCGUCGGCCAAGCAGCCGGUCAAGAGAGAGAAGAGCCUCGACCUCUUGGCCAUCCUUCAGGAAUCUAGACUCUUGGCCGAGAGUCUAGGUUACCGCGAGGACUCGACCGACUGUACGGUACCCUGUACUCCGCCGCGGAGCGAAGAGGACAUCUACAACAGCCUGGACGCGGACUUCUUGCCGAAGAAAGAGGAGGCCGGUGUACAGAGUCAUCCUUUACUCAAGGAAAUCCUCUUCAAGGAGGAGCCGCGGUCAGUCUCCAACAGCAACGGUUCAUCCCCGUGCUUGUCCUCCUCACCAUCGCCUGGCCCAAGCGAGUACGAGAGCAGCUCGGCGCUGCGCGAGCUUCUCUUCAAAGGUGUCCGCAAGGAACCGGCGGAUGCGAUCUCCAAGACCAGCCAGCCGAAGGUGGAACCCUCGCAGGACGAGCUGGCGAAUCCUCUGCGGAAGGAGGAGGAGCUCUUCAAGGACGGUCAGAAGAGCGAUCAUCAGCUGUUGCGCGAAGUGCUGCGCGACACCAGCUUCCAGAGGAAGUACAACCUGAGACCGGUGGAUCUUGGUGGCGUCGGCACCGGCUACGUCGAGGACAUGGAGACCGGCGAGUGCGUCGGCGAUCUCGCCCGCGAGCAGCUCGAGCCGGUCCUCAGCCUGGCGAUUCAGCAGCUGCAGAAGGACUUCGACAAUACCUGCGUGGCGCUCGGCAUUCACCCAGAACCGAGGCGCUGGAGCGCAGCGGACGUUGCGGCCUGGGUGCAGUGGGCCAGGCGGCAAUUGCAGUUGCCCUCGGUGCCGCUGGAGAGCUUCAACGUGGACGGCGCGACGCUGGCCUCCCUCUCCGAGGAGGAAUUCUGCCAGAGAGCUCCUCAGUGCGGAAGCAUGUUGCACGCGCAACUGGAGAUCUGGAAGGCCGCGGUCGAGGAGUCGCCGCGAAACACAUUGGCCGCCUCUUGGAGUCCAGCCGGAGUGGUCCAGCCGCCCAAUACCGCCGUGACUCCACCGGCCAACAUCGGCAACACGUCAGCCGCCAGCGUCAAAGGGUCCCCAUGCACCAUCGACUUCUCAGACGACGAAGACGAGGAGUGCACCUCCGGUCAGGGCGGUAACAGCGGCAGCAGCAGCAGCAGCGGCGGUGGCGGCAAGAUGCGCAACGGCGGCAGUUACAUCCACCUGUGGCAGUUCCUGAAGGAGCUGCUGCAGAGCCCGGGCGUGCACGGCUCCUGCAUACGCUGGUUGGACCGUGGCAAGGGUGUCUUCAAGAUCGAGGACUCGGUGCGCGUGGCACGGCUCUGGGGCAAGCGGAAGAACCGGCCCGCCAUGAACUACGACAAGCUCAGCCGCAGCAUCCGUCAGUACUACAAGAAGGGCAUCAUGAAGAAGACGGAACGCAGCCAGAGACUGGUUUACCAGUUCUGUCAUCCUUAUUGCCUGUAAGGAGCCUCCAUCUCUCUUCUUGUCUCUGCACCUUUCCGUUUCCUUUCUUUCUU